CCCUCCCCAGGGAAUGGAAACGAAAAUCGAAAGUGGCGCGCAGAAGCGCACUUCUCCUCCUUAAUCUUUCCGCACCGUCCCGUUCGAGUUUUGCACUUCACUCGUGGGAAUUUGGAUCCGUCGUUCAGUGACGCUGUCAUCGUUCUCCUUCUGACUCCUGGCCCCUAAUCCUUAUCAUAGUUCGGGUUCUAUCUUGUUUCUUCCACAAGAAUUUGUCUGUAUGCGUUCAAUUUCAAAGCUGAAGUUUGAUCACAGGAAUGAUGGUUUUGCUUUUUAGAUGCAUGGGAUGAUGGUCAAAUCAAUUGGGGCCGACAUAGUAUGUUCUCUAUGCUUGUGUUUGCUAAGUGAAGACAUUUGAACAUAUUGUAGUUUGAGCAGAAUCUUAUGAUGGAGUGCAACAGGGACGAGGCUUUGAGGGCUAUAGGGAUUGCAGAAAAGAAGAUGGAGGUUAAAGAUUAUUUGGGGGCACAAAAAAUUACCUUAAAGGCAAAGCAACUCUGUCCUGAUUUGGAGAAUAUUGCACAGAUAUUAGCUGUCUGCAAUGUUCACUGUCUUGGUGAAAACAAAGUUCAGGGCUCUGAAUUGGACUGGUAUAGGAUCUUGCAAGUCGAGCCAACAGCCGAUGAGGCCACUAUUAAGAAACAGUAUCGGAAGCUUGCUCUUCUUCUUCAUCCUGAUAAGAAUAAACUUUCUGGUGCAGAGUAUGCCUUUAAGCUGAUUGGGGAAGCAGUGGGAAUUCUUUCUGAUCAGGCAAAAAGAGGGUUAUAUGACAUGAAGAGAAGACAUGCAAUGAUCGGAACCAUGCUUUCGGACAUUCAGAAUCCUCCUUCCCCUGAUUUUAGUUCUUCUGCAAGGAAAUCUCCUGGAUUUGCUUCUGGCUCUACUGAUCACAUGGUUAUCAGUCCACCACAAGCAGGUCUGAGUUGCCAGCAGCAGCAGAACGAGCGGAGAACUGCCAAUGAGUGGCAGCCACAGGCACAAUCAACAGGUGCAACCUUUUGGUCAAUGUGUCCAUUUUGCUCAAUAAAAUACCAGUAUUCCAAUAUUGUUAUGAACAAACGGAUUAGAUGCGGGAAUUGUAUGAAUGUCUACAUUGCCGUUGGUAUAAAUGUGCGAGAAACUAGGCUUGGAACUGAAACAAUAGCAGCACAAUCAUUGUAUCCCCAGUCACAAGAUAACAUCCGUAAUGGGUAUGGCCCUAGUGCUAAUAAUGCUCCCCCACAGGCUUUUGCAGCUGACGUUAGUUGCACGGAUUCUCAGGUGAAUGCUACUUGUGUGUCAAGGCCAUCAGAAAACAGUGGUGAUCAGGUGAAUGCUACUUGUGCGUUAAGGACAUCAGAAAACAGUGGUGAAGUUGAGGGUUCUAAAUGCGGAGAUACAUCUGAAGCUGAAAAGGUUGAUGAGUUAAAAAAGAAAGCUACCAUGGAGCAGCAACAUUUGAGUAACAACUCAAGGAAGAGAAGGAGAAUACUUGAAUCUGAAUCCAGUGACAGCAAGAGUGCUGACAGCAAGGAAUCUAUUGAAAGUGACAUGGAGGAACAGUUUCCUGAUGAACAAAAUGCUUGGGCAAGCUCUGACCACCCACGAAGAUUUUUAAGAAUUAGGCGACAUGUUAAUUACAAUGAAGAUAGAACUGAUGAGGGUGAUGACUCUGUGAGUGUCCCUUGUUCCAGCAGGUCAAACAUAAAUAAAACUUCAGGAAGUGAUCUGAUGAAUGAAAUGGAUUCAACUCAACAUACAGGGAAUACAUAUGGGGCACCUGAACUUAGCCCUCCCCUGAAUCCGCAGAGCAGCAAGCAGAAAUUGGACCACUCUAGGCAAGAGAACAAGUUGGAAACAGGAAGGGUAGGAAUAGAUGAUGCAGGACAAGAUAGUAUUAAUAGAGUUCAACACACCCAGCACGAGAGUCCUGAUGACAGUGAUGAAGAUUGUAAUACCCCAUUGCAACCAGAAUAUUUAGAGCUACCAGACUCAGAAUUCCAUGACUUUGAUUCUGAUAAGACAGGAGCUUGUUUUUCAGUUGAUCAGGUGUGGGCUGUGUAUGACAACUUGCAUGGGCUGCCUCGAUAUUAUGCAGUGAUCAGAAAAGUUCUUUCUACAGAUUUCAAACUGCUCAUCACAUGGCUAGAGGCAUUUCCUGGUUGUACAGAAGAAGAAAGUUGGCUGGAUGCUGAGCUACCUGUGGCUUGUGGAGGAUAUACUCUUGGUGAAACUGAAGCUACCGAAGAUCGUCUAAUGUUUUCUCAUCUGGUCAAAUUUGAAAGAGGCCAUGGGAAAAUAAAGUACAAAAUUUAUCCUAAAAAAGGUGAGAUCUGGGCCCUCUACAAGGACUGGGAUAUCAAUUGGUUCUCUAGUCCAGAAGGCCAUUUUCAUUUUGAUUAUGACAUAGUAGAACUGCUGAUGGAUUAUUCAAAGGAUACAGGUGGAGAUGCUGUGCCGCUGGUCAAAGUGAAAGGAUUUCAGAGCUUGUACAUCAGAAUGACAAAAGAGGGACGUCAAGCUACAUUUCAUGUCCGAGGAAGACAAUCCUAUCGCUUUUCUCAUCAGGUCCCAGCAUACAGUAUGAAGGGAAAUGAGAAAGAGGGCGUCCCAGCAGGCUCAUUUGAGCUCGAUAUUGCUGCAUUUCUAUGUAAUUUUAAAGAUUCUGUUUCCAUGGGAACUUCAAGAGAAGUUGAGGUUCAAUUAACAGAUUCACAGCGUCAAGGAGCUAGCUCUUCAAAACCCAUAAUUAGCAGUGUGUACAAGGAACCUGUUUCUGGUCUGCAGAAGUCGAAAGCAUCUGGAUUUCAGGAAAUACUGAAGGAUGAACUUGAUGAGAAUAUGAAGGAAGAUGAGGAUGUUAAAUGCAAUGAAUCAGGUUUGCAGCGAAUGAGCAACAUCAUGGAUAAGAAGCCUGAACAAGUAUAUGGCAAUAAGCUGUGCGAAGAUGAGACAAUGAGAAUGAGUGAAAAUUAUGUAUUUGGAAGCCCUGAAUGCUCUUCAAGAGUUUCUAUACGAGAUUCUGUGAGUGUGAGCGCUAGUAAACAUUUGUCAGUAUCUGGGGUGAACGAUAAUGGUAUUAGUGUAUGCAGGCAGAAUGAUAUAAUUAUGUCUGGUCCCAGUGAUCAUCUCAAGAAGCUUCCGGCUCCAGAAUUCUAUGACUUUAUGAAUGAUAGAACUAUUAAUAAGUUCCGAAAAAACCAAAUUUGGGCAGUAUUUGACAAUAUUGAUGACAUGCCUAGGUUUUAUGCUUGGAUAAAAAGAAUAGAUCAUUCGGCGAACAAAGUCCAUAUUAUAUGGCUGGUAAUUUGUCAUGAGGAUAUGUUGUCUGAGGAGGUUAUGUGGCUUGCUAGGAAACUACCUGUUUCUUGUGGUGUGUUUAAAGCUGAAGAUUGUGAUUGUGUCAGCCCAGAAUUGUUUUCUCACCAUGUAAGAAAUGAACCAAGCCGGACAGAGGGUAAAUUUGGGAUCUACCCACGACAAGGUGAGGUAUGGGUGAUAUACAACAGAUGGAGUUCUGCGUGGACAAAAUCUGAUCACAUGAGCCACAAGUGCUCAAUCGUGGAAGUUAUCUCCACUUACAGUGCUGAAGAGGGGGUGAGGGUUCGACAUUUGACAAGGAUCAAGGGACACCACUAUAUUUUCAAGAAGUCCAAGAAACCAGAAAGUAAUAUACCAAGAGCAUGCCUGUUGCAGUUCUCUCAUCAGGUUCCUGCUUUUAAGUUACAAGACGAAGCUGGUGGAAGGUUGAAAGGCUGUUGGGAAUUGGAUCCUGCAUCUCUCCCAAAAGGUCUUUUCACUUGUUUUUUGAAUGCAACUUGAGAAAAACCCACCGUGAAUAACCUGUCAAUGUUUUUUUUUUUUUGGGGAAGCCUUCUUGUCUAAUGUGGUACAUUGGAUUAUCUAAAAGCAGGUCAAGUAGAUAGCCAAGAUGAUCAGCUGCUUGUCACCUGUUUCAUCCUUUGGACCAUGUAGGAUCCUAUUAUACUUCUAGCAGUAGGCUUUUUUUGGUUGACCCUCUACUUGCUUUCCAAAACUGUCUCAUCCAUGUUUUGUUUGGGGUGUUUCCUGAGUGGAGGAGGUUUAUAACACUUAAUUGUUAGACUUGGUUGAUCUAGUCAAAUGAUGGAGAAAAUCAUUCAUUUUUCCAAUUGGUAAUGGCGUUCCUUUUUUAUUAAUCCAUUUCAAUUUUCAGGAUGAUCUUUUCUGUUCUCCUGUUUUAUCCUGUUGAUUGUUCAUAGCACAAUUGUGACAUUUCAUACAGAUGUGGACUUGCGAGUGCGUUGAUUUGUGGAGGAAAAGUUAGUUUUGAUCUUGUACCACCACCUUGCUGAAAGUCCUUCACUUUUCUUUUACUUAUUUGCCAUCUAUGUAAUGGAUAGAGCACUUUGUUGCUUCCUUUCCGUACAAAAAAAAUUGUAAGAAUCUUUAGAAUCCCUGUGUAUGGGAAGCUCCUUGAUAAUUGAAUUUGACUUCCA